AUGCUCGCGACGACAACGACGGACGCGCUGUACAUUGACGACCCCGACGCGCUGCGCAGAACAGCGAGCUCAAUAUCGCCUUGUUUCGACCUCAUCGACAAAGCGGUCGCGACAUGUUGGCGCCCCGACAAUACCGCUUUGGACUUGUGUUCUUCCACGACCCUUUACAGAUAUAGUCCAGUUUCGAACGUGGUAAAGGACAUGUAUACGUCGCAGAACACCCUAUCAUGUCUGGCAACCAAGGACAAAACCACCACAUUCAUCGGGGAAGGGAACGUCGUCCAAGUUUUGGACUGCAGCGACGGAAAAGCGAGAGUAACUUCAACAUUCAGCAAUCACAAAUCGCCUAUACACAGUCUAUCGCUCAAUAAUGACGCAUCAAUACUCGCCUCAGCGUCUCCAACGGCAGUCUAUAUCCACAACCUGAGCACCGGCUCGCAUACGGCGCUUCGUGGGGUCAAUCCGAAUGGUCAACGAGUAACGACCUGUUCGUUCCAUCCGCAUACUCGGACAAGGCUGCUUGUGGGCACAAAGAAGAGUGUAAUCGUCUAUGAUACAAUUCGCUCUUCUGGGCCAGCAAAGUCAAUCUCCUUGCCAGACGCUGUGCUGGGAGAUGUGGUCUCAGUCUCCUCUAGUCCAUUUAGCAAGACUUUGAUUGCGGCCGCGACUUCGGAAGGGUUUGUUGUUCUUUUGGAUCUCGAGAAGGAGAAAUCUAUCUCUCGGACGAUUAACCUAAAGCUCCCAGUGACGUCAAUGGAUUUCUCCCCUGAAGGGGCAGCCAUUUUCGUCGGUACGCAGACCGGAAAUUUGGUUGUCCUCCAGCUUAGAACGCUGGAUAAACCCCCUCGUGUGAUCUCUGUCGGUACCAGUCGUAUUGAGACGAUCUCGGUUCAGAGAAAGGCCGUGACCAAGUCGGAGCCCACCCCACGGACCACAUCCGAUCGCCGAGCGUUGCUUUCGCGUAAACCUGCACUCUCGCCGAUCCAAACCACGAGAAGUGCUGCGCCAGCUUCGACAAGCUCAGUCGCACGGAGGCGGCCGCUCAGGGAAACUGGAUCUGCCAAAUCACCCGCCACGAAAUCCCAAUCCCCUACCUCGACUGAUGAAAUCUCAGUUGAGCUGGACACGAUCGGUACCCGCCACCUCGCCGUUGCUAAAUCCCCUCUCAAGGUGGCUCCUUCACGGUCUCCCACAUCACGCAGUUCUCCAGUACUCUCCAGACCGACACGCUCAUCGACCAUCUCCAUCUCCUCUGCCUUCGCCGCAAGAACUUCUCCGGUGCUCUCGAGACCAACAAGGGCAUCCACAAUCUCAUCCGCUGCUGGUGUCGGGCCAAACCCCUCAGCAGCAGCAAGUUCACGCCCUCGCGCACCUUCAGGGAGCGGAAAGCCGAUUGCAAGCUCUUCCCGUCCCAGCAGCUCGGCGACGUCCCACCGAGUCACCUCAUCCUCCUCCCGACCUAGUAGUUCAUCCACCUCCGACAAAGUGUCUCCUUCCACUCGUGCGACGACGCCUGAUUUCGCCAACGUGGUCGUCGACACCGCUCCUAUCACACCAUUGCGUGCCAAGCAUCCUGCUCUUGGCCUCCUCGGAACACCUGACGAAGAGGACGAGUACCUUACCAGGAGUAAAGGCAAGGGUAGAUCGGUGGAAUUCCACAAUGCCUUCGAUGAUGACGAGGAGGAAGAAGAUGAAGAUAAAGAGAACCGCGGUCCGACCAUUCUUCCCCUCAGAGACUCGACGAGGCUGACCUUGCAAGUGUCCCCUGUCCGCCGGCCAAUGGCCACCAAUACCUCCGGCGCGACGAUGAACUCGUGGACGUCCCCCGUUCGACCGUCGGCGCAGCCGCCUCCCGGUGCUGCAGCACACGAUCUCCUCAAGUCGAUUGUCCAGGAUGUGAUGUACGAUUAUCAGAAGCAGACCAAAGCGGAUAUCGAGGGGUUGCAUUUGGAUUUGUUGAGGGUUGGGAGAAGUUGGAAGGCGGAGCUAAGGGAGCUGAUGGAAGAGUAUGUUGGUGAUCUGAAUGAUUUGAGGGAGGAGAAUCGAAGAUUGAGGGAGGAGAAUGAGCGCUUGAGACGGGGGAUGUUAUGA